ACUAAAUAUAUCCGCAUCGGAAUCGGAGAUAAAAACGAGACUCUGGUCUACAAUAUAUCGACUUUAGAGCCAAACAACAUUCCAGAUAACGAAAAAAGACGUUACGGACUCCGAAAGCAACCGAUAAAUAGUGACAUUUGGCUCAACGCUAACAAUAGAUCACAAACUCCUUCGCCGCCAAUCGAUACGUAUAUCAAAGAAUAUAAAUAUCGUGUCGUUUCCAACGAUAAUAUCAGUAGUUAUUCGAGAUUUCAUUUUAGUGAUGACCAGAACAUUGAGCGCCAGAGUCGGCCCACUUUUGAAAUCGAGAUCAUGGAAGAAGACGAUAGAUAUUUACCAAAAAGACUUUUACAGGUGACAGUAAGUGAUGAUAAAUAUGAGCCGAAAGACGUGAUCUACACAUUUAGUGGCGAUGGUGUGGAUGUGAAAAAUCAGAGCAGAAGUAAAUUUGCAAUAAAUACAACUUCGGGUGAAAUCUAUGCGUUGUGUGCGCUGGACAGGGAUCAGCCUUUCGGAAGGCCUCAGUGGAAGCUCUCGGUAUACGCGGAGGACGCGAAAAGUGGGCAAUUGGUUGGCUUUGCGGAUGUUCACAUUAAUUUGAAAGACAUUAACGACAACUCGCCAUUCUUUGCACACAAACACUUCUGGGCUAAUGUGACAGAAAACGGCACAAUCGGUCAGUUCGUCAUUACGUUGAUCGCUAUCGACGUCGACGACCCCUUUGACGGAUCCAACGCCAAGAUAGUGUACAACAUAGAGGAUAAUCAGGUCAAUGAUGACGGCGAUCUCAUAUUUGCCAUCGACUCAAACACCGGAGUCAUCACAACUGAUGUCUGCUGUUUGGACAGAGAACUGCACUCUCAGUACAAAAUCAAAGUGAUUGCCAGCGAUGGGGACGGACUGAAGGCGACCACUACUGUCACCAUAACUGUGACGGAUGUCAAUGAUAUGCCGCCGAAGUUUAGUAAACAGGAAUGGUUUGCAGAGAUCGACGAAAUUUACAUCAAUUAUACAAAUGAAGAAUUAACACAACAAAUGCCUAUUCUUAUAGUCACUGUAAUUGAUUUGGAUUUGUUUGAAACAAACGAUUUUGUCUUUAAAAUCAUUAAAAAUAGUGAAAUUAGUGAACACUUCUCAUUGACUGCGAACUCGGAUUCGAGCGCUUCCUUGAGAGCAACCAAGUCUUUAGAUUAUGAAGACAUCACUCAACGGAAUAUUAAUUUAACGGUUGGUGUCAGUGAUAAUGGACUUAAUUUCAGUGAUACAUAUCAUACGGACUAUUGUGUAAUUCAUGUGCGUUUAAGAGAUAUCAACGACAAUUGGCCACAAUUUGUGAAAUCAAAUAUUGAAGUGAAUGUCAGCGAAGACACAAAACUCGGGUCUAUUGUCACCAAAUUUCACGCAACAGAUGCCGAUCAGAGCGGACUUUCUACAUUUGACAGAGAGGUAGAGAAGGAAUAUCUGUUACCCAUUGUUGUCAAAGACAAUGGAUUUCCGGCGCAAACGGCGACCAAUACUCUGACAGUUGUUAUCGGAGAUGUGAACGACAACCACAUGAGGAAUGGGUGGAAAAGGAUUACAGUUUUCUAUAUUAAAAAUAGUGAUUCGAAGAGAAGACAAAUAGGAAGAGUGAAUGUAGACGAUGAAGAUGACUGGGAUCUAAUAGAUAAGACAUUCUUCUGGUUCGACCACAAACCUGCCGUCAACUUUGAAUUGGACUCGAAGACUGGUAUAAUAAGUAUGAAAAAUGUGACAAAAGGUGAUUAUGAACUGAAAUUUACGGUAUUUGACGGAAAACACAAACAAGAGAUUGAAUCUUCAGUGGGAAUUAAAGUAAAUGCCAUUAAAUACGAAAAUGUGUUGAAUUCCGGUUCCAUAAGAAUAUCCGGAAUAAGAGCUCUUGAGUUCAUUUCGGUGUGGAAUUGGAAAACAAGACAAGAGAUUAAAAGUCUAUACGAGAGAGUGGUGGAGUCGUUCAAGCGAUUAAUACGUUGCGAUAAACUCGAGAUAUUUAGUGUAAUCCAAAGACAAGACAGCCCUCCAGUCGUUGACGUGAGAUAUUAUGCCGAACGCCAGCACUCGUUGUUGUCAUCAUUUUUCUUGAAUGCAGUCAUUGAACAAAACAGAGCCGUCUUAGAGAGUGAGCUCCAGUUCAAUUUCACUCAAAUCGGAAUCAAUGAAUGCAUGGAAGAGGAGAGCGGAGAGUGUGAAGCAAACAGUUGUGAAACACAACUCCAUUUGAAUGAAACAAAUCCUAUGUUUAUUGAUUCAAAUUAUAGUUCGUUUGUCGGCAUAAAUCUAAUUACAAAAACCAAAUGUUUGUGUAAAUCGAGUCAACUAUUGUCACAAACAAUUAAAUCGUGUGAUGAUAUUCACUGCUAUAAUGGCGGCACUUGUCUUAAGGCCAGCGACAAGAACUUUAUCUGCAAAUGUCCGGAAGGCAGUGAUGGACCCCAUUGUCAAGUGACCACUCGCUCGUUCAAUGGCCAGGGAUGGGUUUGGUUGCCACCACUGCCUCAAUGCACUCAAUCGCACAUUAGUCUCGAUAUCAUCACUCAGGUGCCCAACGGACUCCUCUUAUAUUACGGACCAAUUAAUAGGCCUUCGUUUGGCACACAAAAUAUUAUCACUGACUUCAUAUCACUUGAGCUUACAAAUGGAAUGCCACGACUUUUAUACAACUUUGGUUCUGGAACUCAAGAAUUGGUAGUAAAGAGUCCGAAACCACUGAACGAUGGCGAGUGGCAUACCAUUGAAAUAUUUUUUGAUACCCAAACGGUGCGUCUGAUGACAGACCACUGCACCGAUGCUGUGAUAUAUGAUUCCGAACCAUUGAAAAUGGACAGAACCCGGUGCGAGAAUGUGUCCACUUAUCAGUUCUUCGGCGAACGUCUCAAUGUGAACGCACCCCUCCAGAUGGGAGGUGUCUCUCAUCAACCCAUUGAUAAGUAUUACAAUUGGACUCUAAGGCACUCCCGAAUUGGUUUCACGGGUUGUGUUAGAAAUUUGGUGCACAACGAGCUUCUCUAUGAUUUUGGAUCCGUUUUCAAUUCAGCCAAUUCGCUGUUGGGCUGCUCUUCAGUGGACUCGAUGUGUAAUUUUUUCUCUCGGAUGUGUCAAAACGGCAAAUGUCUGGGCUCUUACAACAGUGCCAAAUGUGUUUGUAACCCGGGUUGGCACGGCUCCCGGUGCGAGAAACUCACUGAACCGCGAAUGUUUCAGUCGCACAGUUUCAUCCGAUACUCACUUCUGUUUGAAUUGAAUCCCUACUCAACGGAGAUUCAGAUGUUGUUCCGGACCCGUGAGUCUUACGGCGACCUUUUGAGGCUUUCCUCUAAAGAUAAGCGCGAGUAUUGUAUACUUGAGAUAAGGGAAGCCAGGAUUCAAUUCAGAUUCAACUUAAACCAUUUGCGGUCAUCGACUGAACAAACACUGAGAUUAAGACAUUUCUUUGUAAACGAUGGCGAAUGGCAUUUGGUUAGAGUCCUGAGGUUUGGAUCGACUGCCACUAUAACCAUAGACUCGGGAGGCGUCGGAAAGUUUGCCAGAAUUGAUGACUAUUUAGGAUUACAUCAAUUGAUACGAAUUGAGCGCAAAAAUGUUGUCAUCGGAGGUGAUGUCAAUUAUAUUAGUAUCGGCGCCGGCGUUGUGGCCAACGAUUUUGAUGAAGGCUGUUUGAAUGAUAUCCGUAUAAACGGCAUAUCCCUACCAAUGAAUAACUCAACUGAAAGUGCAUUAGUGUUGGAAUCGCAAGAAGUAGUGGACGGCUGUCCCUCUAAUAAUCCGUGUCUUCAUAUCACUUGUGAGAUGCCUUUCAUUUGUCACGACAUUUGGAUGACGUAUGAGUGCAGAUGUCCGAACGGUUUUGUGAAGACGAGUGAUGGCACGGGUUGUGAGCCGUUUGACAAAUGCAUUGAUCAUCACAACUGUAUGAAAGAUGAGAUUCCCUGUCGAUCCUCCUCUGCCUCUCAACUCUGUUCCUGUCCUCACAAUACCACUCAUUGCGAUACCAGUGCUAAGGAAUUCGCCAUCAAUUUCAAUACAAUAGCCAUUUCUGCAACAGAAGUGGAAGAGAAUAGCACUGAAUGCGAUAUAAAUGAGAAAAAGAGUAAUAAAAUCGAGAAGAAAUCGAAAUCAAAAAGAGUUCGUUUGGACCCAAACUCAGUGGUCAUUAACUUCGAGAACUGUUCACAAGAAUUGGAUAAAAACUCGUUGACACCAGAUGAGCAGCAUAUCGGUGCCGAAGAGUUGGCUGAUAUCAUACGCGAUCACAUCGAGAGAAUUGAUUUGCAGAUCGAAGACUUGGAUAAUGUAUGCAUUUAUGCGCUCGAAGGCAAUGAGGACACCGUCUGCUCUCUCAGCUCAUUAUCCUCGCUGUCAUCCAUUCAUUACAACAUUGUCUACACCACUGCCGGCGCUAACACUACUGACCCCACGUCUAAUGGCAUUCAGUACUCCGUUAAUACUCUGGACAAUAAUUAUUGACCCC